CUCAGCAGCCUGACGUUUAGUGAGAAGUGCUGAAAGUCGACCGAAUUAUGGUGCUUUGCGCUGGAAAAUAACAUAACGAUAUUGUUACAGCAAUGGCAUCCGAUUUGAAGACCGGCCGCCGGAGAGCGGGCAGCUCAGCGCACCUCAGCAACCACACGCGAACAGCAUCAAAGGCAGCUGCAAAUAUCCAGCCAAAGUCGACGCAUACUUCCGACGAGUUUUUAAAAGAGUUUCUCAACCCAUACUUCAACCCAGCAUCCUAUCUUAACGCAAAACUACCGAAGCUAGCGACGAAGUCCGCGUCUGGCACAAGCCAAACAGCCUCUGGAGCUGUUCCUCUUAUCGAGUUAUCCAAACAAGCCAAUACAUUGCUCUCACAAGUCAAUGCCCAAACUACAAGAUUGUCAGAGACACUCACACAACUCACGGACGAUAUCUUGCGGAGCGGUAGCCGGUUGGCGUACGAGGUGGAAUUGCUUCGAGGCGAAACUCUUGGCCUUUCAGAGGCACUAAACGAGACCCUCAAGGACGACAUAGAAGUUUUUAUACCUGAAGGGCUCCAUGGGAGUAACGAGAAGCAUGAUAUAUCGGAGGACUCACAUGGAGGCCAAAAAUCAGAUGUCAAAGGCCUUCCGAUCCCGACCUCGGAAAAUGACACCAACAGCGUUGACCCGCUCCCCAUUCAGCAGCUCAAAACUCUUACGCUCGUCCGCUCGCGAAUAGAUACUGUUGUCAAGACAUUUGGUGACGCCAUGGACUUUGUAUUCCCUCCGUCUGAAGUAUCCGUUACAUCGUCUUUCCUGUCCGUUUCGGCACCAGAGCCUGGCUCAGAGCAGCAGAGUUCCGAGGACAAAGGACAAGAAGUGCUUAAGAAGCUGCGUGAGGAGAUAUCAGAUUUGCUUUAUAAAAGCCCAGAUCCAAUCGAAGGAGUCGAGAAAGCUGCGAAUAGAUUGGAAGCGCUCAGCGCCUUGGCGCGCGUCUGGAAGGAUACUGCCGAGGAAAACGGCCGAGCGAAAUUUAUUGAAAGCCUGACGAAAAUGGUGGAAGAUAGACAUAAGGAACUUUUGAAGGAAUAUAGCCAAGGUAAUAAGAAGGAGAACAGGACCGAUUUCUCGAGAGUGGCCAAGGCCUCAGCACCAGCGCCAGCAGCAUUAGGUGCAGAUGAGGGCAAGGCGCCUCCCGGAGGAUUUGGACUUAUCAGCCAGUUACAAAAGCUUAGAGGUGGAGUAUAGAUUUAAAAGCAUCUUCAAACUGACGAAAGAGCUAUGAUAAUGACAACUUCAUGAUGCAUAUAGAUGCAAGAGAGGAAUGCCGCGCUGGCUGGACAUAUGGAAAUCAAAAUUCUGACUUGGGUUCUGAAGCAUGGCUCUGAUUACAAACAAAGAGUGUGAAAUAAGAUGAUCUAUUUCCACAGCCCAUUAAUCCGGAGAAAACACAAAAACGAUAAUGCUUGAAG